AUGGCAAGCAGCCUGCUGCACCGCCAGCUAGCCAGCAUCACCGAUACUCUACUCCGAGCGAGCCAGCACCAAGACACCAUCCUGCGAGAUCGAGCCAACAUGCCGUCGAAGCACACGCCCACAAUGCCUACUCACACGUUGGAAAGCACGCUUUCAGUCCCCUCUAAGGCGCAGCUUCCUCACACUGGCGGUUCUCGCCGUAGCAGUCUCGGAUUCGAAUAUGAAGACGAGGAUUCCGGGAGCGCGGCUGGCGGGUGCCAAUUGCAAGAUACAGCUGGUCAGCAGCAGGCCGACCGAUGCGAAAGCAAUGAUGCGGACAAUGACAUUGAUGCUACAGCUCUAGUCGCAGAACCUGGAUGCGCGGUGCAAAGGUCUUCCAACAUCGGUACUCAGGACGGCUGCAACGAUGUCGAAGAUCUGAAUCGUGCUAGACUAGCAGGAGUAGAUCAAGUGUCUACAAACAAGUCCGAGUCUGUCGAUGACCCACGGGAAAUGAUUCGAGAGAUCAACCGACAGUCUUUGAUUGCAAAUAGACCAGGCACUGAUCAAGUCGAUGUGAAUAGCCCUAGCGACCCGAAGGCUAUGCUUGCAGAUCUCAAUAGGGAAAAGGAAGUGCUGAGUCAGGAUCGAUAUAAAGAUGAUGGUGACAUUGAGGCGGUACAUUGUGAAUCAGCAACAGGACAGUCACUUUCCAACAAACUGGAAGACCAGAAUACUCUACUUACAACUCGGACCAUGACUACUGCGGGGGUGAAGGGAACGAGCCACCAACAUUCCCAGGGCGACACAGCUGAAGCACUGGAUCCUGAUAUUAUCACAUACGUGGUGGCACUUAUGCUCGAGAGUUCUGGUUACAAAUGGGAAGAGAUCAACGCCUGGUGCACGUAUCUAUUUGGCAGCGGCAUGAACACAUGCACGUCCGAACAAGAGAAAAAAACAAUGAUUCAGAAAGAGAACACCCACGCACUCAAGAAGACUCACCUCCGACAUCGCCUCAUCCUGUCCAACCUCGCUGCCGAUGUGGAAUUGAAAGACAUCCGCAUGUUCUUCUCUAAAUACCGGAGAGACAUCCGCGCCAUGACCCUCCUUUCUGAAUGCGACCCUGUCAAGAGGACUAGAAGUGCACAUGUCGACAUGUUCACUAGGAAGGCUGCAAUCCGUGCUUCAUUCGAGGUCGGACAGAUUUUUGGGCUUGUAGUCAAGAUCCAGCUGGCAUCGGACUGA